GCCUGUAGAUCAUUCCAGAUGAAUAUAUGCAUCUGCUUAGAGGUGACCGGAAACAACUGACACAGGGCGAACAGACAUAACUUCAUCAUUCGCGAUGUCUUCAAAUUUACAGUAAUAAUAUGAUUACACAAAGACACCAGGCUUGAUGUGACCAUGGACACUUCACAUCAUUGGCUGUUGGUCUUGAUGCUCUUGCAUUAUGCAAAAGGUUCCAACAGUAGCUGUGUAUUAAAAAUUCUUCCAGACUCCAAGACUAAGAUUCCUGUUGAGUUGGAAAGAAACUUCACAGCGACAUGCCACCUCCAGGGUGGAUCUGAAUUUACCUCAAAUGACAUCAAAUGGUCUUUUAGCAACAAAGAAACUACAGACAUUUUAUCAAAGACAUUUUAUCACAAAAUAAAUGAAACCUCCGUCAGUGUUACAGUUAACCUCAGCAAAAACAUGGGUCAUAUGUUGAUGUGUGAAGCCUCCAGAGAGUCCUUAACAUACAUGGGAAAAUGUGCCUACGGAAUCUACCUUGAUGCAGGAUACCCUCCGAUGAAACCAAAGAAUCUGACAUGCAUUGCUUUGCAAAGGAAGAAGGAUAUUUCUCCUGACCUAAAUUGUUAUUGGGAACCAGGAUUGAGAGACCCACUGCUUGCCACCAAUUAUACUCUUUAUGCCCAAGUAGGACAAGAUUUAUAUAACAGCACCUGUAAACAGAGUCUUGCAAGAAGUUGCACCGUCAACCUGAGCACUUAUCCUGUUCAUAUGACUUUGAAAGUCUGGGUUGAAGUGAAAAAUUCACUGGGGUCAGAACGGUCAGACGAACACGAGUACGAUUCCUUGAGUCUUGUGAAACCAAAUCCACCAAAUGUCGAAGUUAAAGUUGAAGAGGACUUCCCUACAUCUUUUGUGGUUAAAUGGGAGUAUGACAUUGAAGACACAACUAUGCGAUUCUCCAGUGCCAUUAGAUACUGCCAAGUAGGGUCAAGUGAUUGGAAAAAGGUGCCUGAGAACUACACCAAUGUGCACAUUACGUCGUAUCGACUGCAGUCCCUAGAGCCUUACACUGAGUAUGUGGUACAGAUGCGAUCCAUCGGAGAGCACUACACCAUCUGGAGUGAAUGGAGCUCCAAUGUUACAGUUCGCACUCCAGAAGCCAAGCCAGCAAGUCCACCAGACCUGUGGAGAAUCAUCCAGCACACGCCUGGGAAAAGAAACGUCACAUUAAUGUGGAAGCCUCCUGUGAAAGCUAAUGGAAAAAUGUGUAACUAUUCCCUGAUCAUCAGUCAAGAUAACCAGGCUUUUGAAAGUCACGUUAUAAAAGCUGAUCAGCUCAACCAGAGGUAUUCACUGGAAGUGCCACCAGAAGAAAAUGCCAGUAUUGAAAUAACUGCAUUCAAUUCAGCCGGAGGGUCUCCCAAAACUAUUUUGUUCAUUCCAAGAUCAAAUGACGAGUUUCUUGGCGUGGCGAGCAUGAGGUGGUGGGUUCAUGAUGGAAAGCUUCAUGUGGAAUGGGGUCCUUUGAAGCAGCAUCCUCCUCAUGGCAUUCAUAUCUCAGAAUAUCUGCUGGAGUGGGUGAAUGAAAAAGAUGUUCAGCCUCAGUGGCAGAGGGUUCCUAAAAAUGUCAACACCACCAUACUGAACGGUAAUUUAGCCAAAUACAAGCAGUACAACAUAUCAGUCUAUCCAAUCUACAAGUUCUAUUAUGAUGGUCGAUGGCAUUUCCAAGCAGGAACACCAGUAACCAAGCCAGCCUACGUUCAGCAAGGAGCACCAGAGAAAGGCCCUACUGUCACAGAUACCAUUUCCAAGAAAAAUAGUGUUACACUGAUAUGGGAGGAAAUUCCACUGGACCACCGGUAUGGAUUCAUCCAAAACUACACCAUAUUCUACAGGACCGGCAACGCUGAGUGGCAAUCUGUGCUAGUGGCCGCUAACAUCCACUCGUAUGUAUUGACUGAUCUGGUCAGUGAACGCGACUAUGUGGUUCACAUCAUGGCCUCGACGGAAGCUGGCUCCAAAAACGGCACCGAUUUUAAUUUCAAAACAAUGAAGUUCGCCGAUGGAGAGGUGGAGAUGAUUGUAGUGCUGGUGUGCCUCGGCUUCCUGUUCCUGAGCGUCUUCACCAUAAUGCUCUGCCUUCGCAAGAGAGAAGUGAUUAAGAAGCUGUUAUGGCCGCAAGUCCCGGAUCCGUCUGACAGCUCUAUUGCCCACUGGUCACCUGAUUUCCCUGUAAAGACCGAAAUGCCCAAGGAAGACGUCAGCGUGGUGGAAGUGGACGUGUUUGACGGCAAGUCUUUGUGCGAAGAAGAUAAAGUUGUUCUGCCGCUAAAGAAGGACAAGUACCUCUCCGAGGAGCACAGCAGCGGUAUUGGAGGCUCGUCCUGCAUGUCUUCGCCCCGCCACAGUGUUUCCGACAGCGAUGAGGGCGACUCGGGCCAGACCACGGCCAGCACCGUCCAGUACUCGUCAGUGGUGGCCAGCGGAUACAAGGGCCAAACCCCAAACCAUCAGCCUCCAACGUUCGCCCGCUCCGAGUCCACACAACCGCUGCUGGACUGCGAGGAGCAUCCAGAGAAUCAUCCCGGCGAGAGGAACUCUUACUUUAGACGGGGCCGAGAGCUGGAGCCGCAGAGUAUCGAUGAGCCUGUUUUCAGCGCGGUGCAGGAGGAAGAAGCAUCUCCCGUUGUGGAUGAUGCGCCGGCGUUAAGUUACAUGCCGCAGCAGAGCGGGUAUCGACCGCAGUAAAGCAGAACUUUUCCGUAAGCUGUAUAGAGCCACAUUUUCACAGGGCACCUUUAAGUGCCUGGCAUGAACUUUUUAGGUUGCGUUUUAAUUGGAUUGCAGGCUUAUGCUAGACAUGUAUAGUAACACUAGAUUGCAUCCUUAAAAAGUAAAUAUCCGUUUAAAAAACGAAA